AUGCAGCAACCUACUUGCAUAAACACUCACGUACAAACCACGCACGAUGCCAAGGUCAUUUUUCACGCAGUGGCCAAAGGCAAGUUACCAAUGGUCAUUCGACGACUGGACACGGAUGAGCGACGUUCAAUCGCCUCUGGAAGUGUGUAUGUCUGGGAAGAACGUACUUCGUAUUCAGAUCCGACCGUAUCGAAAUCUGCUAUCGAGCGCUGGACAGACUCAGUGAGGUGGGGUCCAAGUCGCGUUCGAGAUGAGUUUCUCUACUACCAAGAAAAGCAAUCAUCGGAGAUGACCACUAUUGAUCUGAGUUCAACGUCAGCAAUAAUUCGAUACCAACCAUGCUAUCGAAGGGAGCCCUUGAUCAAACAGACAUACUCCGUGUUCGUCUCCACCCCGCACGGACAAAAGAAAUGGCACCUCAUUGCGUACUACACGCAAAAGACGUUGGAUAGGCUGUAUAGAGUCCGGGAUAACCCAUUUCACCCUGAACUUGCGACUAUACGAGUUCCGCCCAACGUUUACCAAAGCGCGCGGUCUUCCAGGCCAGGACCGAGUCAGCGGUCGCUUGGAACAGUCGCACCGGCGUCUACAUCACGGUCCCCCUCAAGGGAAUCCUCGGAAACAUCCAGCACCAAAUCAUCCAAUUCGCGCGGUUCUGUCAUGAACGAAGGCAACGUGCUGCCACCGUUGGAAGCCUUGCAAGAUCUGGUGCAGCCGACCCGACAUCCUCUGGACGAAAAGGCCAUCAUGUCGUUCCCGUUGUACGAAUUCUUCAUUGCCAGCCCGUGA